AUGAUCAAAAAGAAGACCAAAUCAUGGGUUCAUCCAGCAGAUGAGACAGUGUUCAGGCAAUUCAUCGAUGAUAAAAUGGAGAACAUACCGGCUACAACUGACAUAAAUGAAUUAAACAGCAAAAUAGUCAUAACCAUCAGACAGGCAAAAAACAAAUUCUGUCCGAAAAGUGAAAAAGAGCAGAGAAUAGGUCCAGAAACUAAGAAAAAAAUGGAAGAACGGAGAAAGAAGGCUAGCGACAUUAACACGGAACCACAUGAGAUGAAGGCCAUCAAUAGGGAUAUAUCGAAAGCUAUUCGGAAGGACAUAAGACAAUACAAAAAUAAACAAAUACUUCGAACAAUUGAGGAAAACAAGAGUAUGAAAGUCAUGAGGAGAAAAUUCACAAAUGGCAAGAAGGAAAUAUUUCAGCUUAAGGACGAGAAAGGUAGUAUAGUAACGGAUAGAGAUAAACUAGUACAAAUAGUAGAAGAAUUCUACACUGCCCUAUAUAAGUCCCAAAUAAAUCAGGCAAGAGAAGAGCCACUACAAAAGAUUCAAAACCAAGGCUCCGAAGAAAUACCCGAUAUAUCCCGUGAUGAAUUUUACUACGCACUUCAUAAAAUGAAGAAUAACAGGGCUCCUGGACAGGAUGAGGUGGAAACGCAGGCUAUAAAGCUGGGAGGACCAAUUUUGAUAAAGAAGAUCCUAGAACUUUUCAAUCUAUGCCUACAAAAUCAGAAAAUCCCAAUCUCAUGGAACGACUCUCUUAAGAUAUUGCUCUAUAAAAAAGGAGACAAAACAAGUCUAGAAAACUACAGGCCAAUCAGCUUGCUUGAUCACCUCUACAAGUUGUACACCAGAAUUCUUACAAAUAGAUUAGAAUCGAAAUUUGAGCUCUACCAACCAAGAGAGCAGGCUGGAUUUCGAGCUCGUUAUGGCACCAACGACCACCUACAGUGCUUGAAAACCUUAAUAGGAAAAACUAUUGAAUAUAAUAGACCUUUAGUCCUGACAUUUGUUGAUUUCCACAAAGCGUUUGAUACAGUAGAAUUAACAGCCAUUAUAAAAGCAUUAAAUGAAUGCCGAAUCGACCAUCGAUACACAAAUGUCAUCAAAAAUAUAUACAACAACGCCACAACAACUAUCAACCUUCACUCCCAGACAAAGAAAAUUAAAAUAGGAAGAGGCGUAAGACAAGGUGAUACUUUAUCACCUAAACUAUUCAUCACUGUCCUAGAGUAUGCGCUCAAAAGGUUGGAAUGGGAAAACAAGGGCAUCAGUAUCGAUGGGGAAAGACUCAAUCAUCUUAGAUUCGCCGACGAUAUCGUGCUCAUCUCUGAUAAUCUAGGAGAGGCCGCUAUUAUGAUCCAAGAACUAAAAAACGCAAUACAGGUGGUCGGACUGAGGAUAAAUCUCGAAAAAACAAAGAUGAUGACCAAUCUAGUCCCUAAUAAGCUAUUAAGUGUAGACAACAAUCAGAUAGAAAUGGUCCAUAGUUACAUAUAUCUGGGGCAUCAAGUGAGGAUUGGUAGAGACAACCAAACAGCAGAACUGCUCAGAAGAACAACUUUAGGAUGGGCAGCAUAUGGCAAACUUCGUGAUGUCUUCAAGAGCGAUAUUCCAACCAAGCUGAAGAGAAAGGCUUUCAACAUGUGUGUUCUACCCGUUCUAACCUACGGUGCAGAGACCUUAACCCUGACCAAAGCAUCGGCAAGAAAACUGCAGAAAACGCAGCGCAGGAUGGAACGAUCGAUGCUGGGAAUAAGUCUAAGAGACAGAAUUCGAAACGAGGAGAUUCGCAGAAGGACGGGUGUGGAUGAUGUUUUGGAGAGAGUGACGAGAGCUAAAUGGAGGUGGGCAGGACAUGUUGCAAGAUCUAACGACGGAAGAUGGACGAGGAAAAUUCUGGAAUGGCGACCAAGAGCAGACAAGCGAAGCCGAGGCCGACCUCCAACGAGAUGGACCGAUGACUUGAAAAGAAUCCACACCAACUGGAUGGAAGCCGCACAGAAUAGAGAAAGAUGGAAAUGCCUUGGGGAGGCCUAUGUCCAUCACUCAACGCUAGGAAAAGUUUUGCUAUGGUUUUCGGAAGAAAACAGAUUGAGGUUUGAAACUUGUAACGGGCUAGUGACGAUUGGUAACGAGAAUGUAAAAUUCUCUAAGAAGGUUAAAAACCUGGGUAUGUGGCAAUCCACGCACCCAGGUUUGCUUUUGCUAGUCCAACAUGGUUGGGAUGAAGACCAUAGGAUCAAAUGGGAUGAAGCUUUCAUAAUAUCAAAGGAAGAAAGAUCAAAACGGAGGAAUCUCAAAGAAGCAGCCUUCAUGGCCAUCACUCCGAAUCCCCUAAAAAUGCCGCCUCUGGAGAUCUGCGCACCAAUCAUAAGAUCCAAUCUGAGGAAAUUGAACUCUGUCCAGGUCGGUAGCAUCUCGACACCACCAAAUCAGAAAGAAAUCGGACGAAAAACUGCGCACACCAUCUGCGCAACCCGAAAAUUCGACUAG